AUGGAAACUCGAGCUUUAAGCAACACUAGUGCCGCUCCUAAAUCCACGUCUGAUAAGCAUCAGCUUAAAUUAAUACACUCUUUUAUGAAGAAAGUCAAUUACAUUCAUCCACUUCUGGUUCCAACAUUAAACGAACUUGGUCUUUCCCCGAAUGAGUUACAACCUAAACCAAUUGAGGAAUUUUCUGAUAAAAACUCAACAAUGGAGGUUCAAAUGCUCCGUUAUAGCCAUUAUGAAGCUCGCCGUCAAGCUAAAAUUGAAAUCUUAUCGAAUACCUUAUUUUCAAAAGGACUGUUUGCUCACAAAUUUGAUAGUGCAACUAACUCCCCAGACGAUUCAAGAGUAAGCACGAAUUCCCCUUCUCCAUUAAGAAUUAAGCGUAGUCUUAGUGUUAUUCAUAAAGAGCCAGAUGUUACUCCCCGUUACCCAAUUAGCCCUUUAACUACUACCCAGCGUCAAGUUUUGCUGCAACAGCAAAAAUUAGACAGAUUUCUAAGAGUUCAAAAUAACCAAAAAUACCUUCGAGUAAACAAAGAAAAAGAAAUAAUAAGCAAAGAAAUCAGGCAAGAAAUGAAGCUUAAAAAGCUAGAAGAAGAUAAAGCAUUAAAAGAGGCUGAAAGAAAGCAAAAAAUCCAAGAAAAUAAUAUGAAAAGGCAAGAGAAAUUGAAAAGAAAAUAUGUAGUAAGAAAGAAAUAGGAAAUACAAGAAAAUGAAACCAAAGCUUUAAUGUUGGAAGAAGUUAUUAAUGAAGCUAGUGAUGAGAGAUCAAAAUCUUCGCUGACAGCUAGAGCAUCAUCAAGAAGAAUGAAUGAGUAA